AUGGCGGUCUCGGGAAAUGACGAACAUGCAUCGAUGUUACGUAUCGAAAAGUUUAGCGGAGAGAACUUUCACCUUUGGAAAUUUAAAAUGCAAAUGGUCCUUGAAGAUAAGGAUCUUUGGGGCAUUGGCGAUGAGGUAGAACCUACAGACGAAGGAACUACUGAAACUCAGCGUCGGCAAUUUCAAAGGCGGGAAAGAAAAGCGUUCGCUACGAUUUGUUUAUCUUUGGGAGAUGAACAGUUGUCUUUGGUUCGCUCAGCUACAACAGCAAAGGAUGCAUGGUCAAAAUUGGAAGGCCAUUAUGAAGUGAAGUCCUUGGCAAAUAAAUUAUUCGUGCGUAAAAAGUAUUUUACUAUGUCUAUGGGGGUUGACGAGUCAAUGAGUGAACACAUCAACAAGAUGAAAGAGCUAGCAGGUCAAUUGGAAGCUGUUGGUGCCUCGAUCACAGAAGAGGACCAAGUUGCAACGCUAUUGUGUAGUCUACCUGAUUCAUAUGAUAGUUUAAUUACAGCUUUAGAAUCCCGUGCUGGUGAUUUAUCUUUGGAAUUUGUUACUGCAAGGUUACUUCAUGAGGAACACAAGCGAAAAGAGACAAUACCAACCUCUGAUUGUGGAGAGAAAGCUCUGUUAUCAACAAAGUAUGAUCAAGUAAAUCUAAGAAACCCGAAACCUAAGAGAAAGGGUAAAUGUCAUAACUGCGGAAUACCAGGACAUUGGGCAAGAGAAUGCCGUAAACCGAAGAGGGGCGGAUCGGGUGAAGUAAAAGGAAAGAAAGACAGUUCAUCGUACAGUGCAACUACAGAACAUGCAUCAUUUUGGUCAUCAAAACAUGUGAAUUGCAAGGAUUCAACAUGGUACAUUGACUCGGGUGCUUCACAGCACAUGUCAUAUGAUAAGGAAAUGAUGGUUGAUUAUGUUCAUUUUGUAAACCCACAAAGAGUUCGUUUGGGUGAUAAUCGAGUAGUCGAAGCAUUGGGAAAAGGAACAGUCUGGCUUAAUAUUAAAGCUGAAAAUGAUUAUAAACCGGCUAGAUUGGUUGACGUCCUAUAUGUUCCAGAUUUAGCAAAGAAUCUCUUCUCGGUAAGCGUUGUUGCUAAGCGAGGAUAUUCAGUUGAGCUUCAACAGAGUGGCUGUGUUAUUCUUGACAAAUGUGGAACUAUUUUGGGAUCUGGUAAAAUGCAAAACAAUCUAUAUGUCCUUGAUAUCAGUGAAAAGAAAGUGGACUGUCAUGAUGUUAAUGCUGCUACCAAUGAGCAUCUGGAGGAUUUAUGGCAUCAAAGAUAUGGGCAUUUGAGUAUGAAGAAUUUACGAUUGUUGCGAGAUCAGAAGUUAGUGACUGGAUUGGACUUCCAAUCUACUAAAGAAUCUGACUUUUGUGAGGGUUGUGCACAAGGUAAACAAAAGAGAGCACCAUUUCCUAAAGAACAAGCAACUCGAGCCAGUGAAAUUCUCGGAAUUAUUCACAGUGAUGUUUGUGGACCAAUGCAAGAGAACAGUCUCGGUGGUAAUAAAUACUUUGUGACUUUUAUUGAUGAUAAAUCGAGAUUCACAGCAGUUUAUUUCAUGAAAACCAAGGAUCAAGUACUUGAUAAAUUUAAAGAAUACGAAGCAAUGGUCACUAAUAUCACAGGAAAGAAAAUCAAGAUUCUUCGAUCCGAUAAUGGCGGUGAGUACACCUCUAAAGAAUUUGUUAAUUACCUUAAAGAGAAGGGAAUCCAGCACCAACUUAGUGUACCUAGAACUCCCCAGCAGAAUGGAGUGGCAGAAAGGAUGAAUAGAACUAUUCAGGAAACUGCACGAUCUAUGAUACAUAAUGCUGGACUGGAUACAAAGUUUUGGGCUGAAGCAGUAUGCACAGCAGUGAUUGUUAGAAAUCGUUGUCCUACAGUAGCAGUGGACAAUAUGACCCCAUAUGAAUGCUUUAAUGAUAAGAAACCGGACGUGUCCAAUUUUAAAGUGUUCGGAUGCAAAGCGUACAUGCAUGUUCUAAAGAAACCAGAAAGAAGUGGGAUUCGAAGACCAAGAAAUGUAUAUUUGUUGGAUAUAGUAUUUCAAGUAAAGGGAUAUAGACUUUAUGAUCCUAAGACUCGGAAAUUACACAUAUCCAGGGAUGUUUUAUUUGAUGAAGAUGAAUUUAUUCAACAGAAGAAAUUUAUGCAAAUUGUAAACUUAAAUGAUUCCCUCCCUGAAGACCAACAAGAACCACAAGAGAACAAACCAUCUUCCGAGCAUGUUAUUCCAGGAGAUCAAGACACAGUUGAUCAUGAUGAAGGUACUGAAGAACCGAGCAUCAGUAGAGAAACCGAAGUGGAACAGCAACCACGACGUUCAACGCGCAUACGAGAACCACCAGACAGACAUGGUGUAGUAAUUACUGGCAAUUGGUGGCAAAAUAAUGUUGCGUGUAUUAAUAGUGAGUUCAGUCCAGAAGAGCCUACAACUAUAAGGGAAGCUCUAAAUUGUUCAGAUAAAGAACAAUGGAAACAAGCUCUGGACAAUGAAUAUUCAGCUCAUAUUAAGAACAAUACAUGGACAUUAGGGAAUCUGCCUGAGGGUCGUAAAGCUAUUGAUUGUCGAUGGGUAUUUAAAGUUAAAUACAAUGCGGAUGGGUCUGUAGAGCGCCACAAAGCUCGUUUAGUUGCGAAAGGAUACUCACAAGAACCUGGAUUAGAUUAUGAUGAAACCUUUUCCCCUGUAGCGAAGUAUACAUCUAUUCGUUCACUAUUGGCAAUUGCUAAGCAGUUAGAUUUAGAAGUACAUCAAAUGGACGUUUCUACGGCGUUCUUGAACGGUGAAUUGGAAGAAGAAAUAUACAUGAAGCAACCAGAAGGAUACGUGAAAGAAGGUGAGGAAGAUUUAGUUUGCAAAUUAAACAAGAGUAUCUACGGCUUGAAGCAGUCAUCAAGGUGUUGGUACAACACGAUCGAUCAAUUCUUAAAGAAUUCCGGCUAUGUACAAUCAAGCUCGGAUCCUUGUAUGUACAUUAAGCGAGAGGGAGAUGAUAUCAUGCUCAUAGCCUUGUACGUCGAUGACUUGAUACCAGCUAGUAAUAGUAAGAGAAUGCUUCAUAAAGAGAAAGAAGCAUUGAGAAAACGUUUCGAAAUGAAAUAUCUCGGUGAAGUUCAUUAUUGCCUUGGUAUUCAAGUAGAACGAGAUAGAAACAAGAAACGAAUGACCCUGAGAUUAAAAGUCUGA